GAUUUCUUUUCAAUUGCUCGAAUCCAAGCGAAGCUAAUGUAACGGUAUCUGCAUUUCUCUCUCCCUUGGCACACAUGCCGAAGUACACGCGGGGUACAUUCCUGGCGUUCAAGAUAUCAACCUUCAGAAACAACUCGCAAAACAGUAAAUGCAAUGCAACUCCCGACUCAACAGAUAUUUGCGCCCGUGCUGGCAUGGUCACAACAUCACAAUGUCGUGAGAGUAAGCUCCGCAGCCUUCAUCUUGGCCAUCAUUUGGCUCUUCGUUCCGCAAUAUCAGAAACCCACCCUGCAAUACAUCGGGCACUCUCUAAAUCCCCCACCAAUCCUCAAAUCACCAUUCGAGAAGACGGUGGCCAUAAUCCGAUCGAACAAACAAAGAAGCGAGAGGAUGUUCAUGUUGAAGAAAUACGAGCCAUUCUUCCACACGGUGCAUUACAGCAUGCCUGGCCUCGUUCCCGGUUACCCUUCAGGAUGGCAAGAUUUGAAUAACGACAACGCUAUUGACGAUUAUACCAUCUAUCGAGAAGUGGCCGUGGCGAUGCAAUUCAUUCUCGACGUCCCGGAAGGGUCUCCAGAAUCGGACAUCAACUCGCUGCUCUUCUUCCAUUUCGAUGCUUGGAUUGAUCCGAUGGAUUUUGCUAGUGACAAUUUCGACCAGAUGUGGCUUCCGCAUAGCCCAGAUGGACUCAAGACAGAUGCAGGAUCUGGAGGUAUUUUCAGAUGCAUGAAUAACAAAGAAGAAUGGGCGCCAUGGGUCUUCUUCGAGCCGCCAUAUCAGAACCAUAUCCAUGCCAGACGAGCUAUCGAAGCUAUCCAGCAUUUCAACUAUCCAUAUCCGGGUGGAGAAUUCUGCGUGGGAUGGUCGGAUAUAUAUUUAAUCCCUCGACGAUUUUGGGCUGAUUGGAUCUUCUUGUCUGCGUUCUUUAAUGACUUUGGAGUUUUUCAGGAAGUCGCUAUCCCGACGAUGAUGAAAAUCAUUGAUUCGACGAGGCGACUGCAUCCCACACAGUCAGUUAUGCAACAAAUGGGCGAAUGCUGGGGAGGUUGCUGUACCACGAACCCUGAUAUUCGAGAUCUGAUCACACAUCGUUGUGGGCACAAAUUCAAUUACGCCGACCCAACUGGUUCCAAGGUCGCUGGGGUGCAUUACGAUCGCUUGGACAGGUACGCAGAAAUGCUGGGAAAGCCGUAUAACAGAACGACAUGGGAUCAAUGGAAUGAGUCCGCCAAUGGGAGAAGCAGAGCUUGGUUCAGACCCCGAGUACGUGGUGAACUUCUUGAAAACGUAUAGGAAGAUAGAAAAUGCAAAUGUGGAAUCGCCGGAGGUGCAAGAUAUGUUGCAGCGGGUGUCGCGGCACUCGGACAAUGUUGUGAGAGCGAUGAAAGCAUAUAAUUAGAGAUCAACUAUGGAUCAGCAAAUUUAACCAAGCAAAAAUCG